AUGGAACAAUCACUUACACCAUUGUCUUUACUGUUAAAAAUUUGUGCAAAAGAGAAUUUGUUCAAAAUAUUUAGCAUAUUCAAACUGUUUUCUAUCAAACAAGAUUUUUUUUUGUUGCAGAAGAAAAGUCGUUUAGAAAGCCAUGGAGAGGGUAGUGGAGUGGAAAUCAAGAAAAAUGAACCGUAUAGCAGUGGACCUGGUGGUUCUGGUCAAUAUACUUAUAAAAUAUAUCAUCUUGGUAAACGGAUACCUGCCUGGGUACGGAGCAUCAUUCCAACAGAUUCGUUACAAGUUCAUGAAGAAGCAUGGAAUGCUUAUCCAUAUACAAAAACCAAAUACCACUGCCCAGCAUUUAAUCGUAUAACACUUGAAAUUGAAACAAAAUAUUUUAAUGACGCUGGUCGUCAACCAAAUGUAUUUAACUUAUCUGAAACGGAACUUGAAAGCCGUAUUGUUGAUGUUGUUGAUAUUGUAAAUGAUCCAUUAUCAUCUUCGGAUUACUGUGAAGAGGAAGAUCCUAAAAUUUAUAAAAGUGUUAAAACCGGCCGUGGACCUUUGACCAAAGAUUGGGUGAACGAAUGUAUCACUAAAGGUCGACCGUUGAUGUGCGCUUACAAACUGUGUCGGGUUGAAUUUCGUUUUUGGGGUUUACAAAGCCGUGUUGAAGGAUGGAUUCACAGUUAUGCCCUGCGAAAUACAAUGCUCAGAGCGCACAUUCAGGCAUGGGUUUGGCAGGACGAGUGGUACGGCCUAUCCAUCAACGAUGUUCGUCGACUCGAACAGGAGGUUUGUUUGUCCAGCUUUAUUAAUCUUGGAAAUUUCACAUCUUAUGGAGAAGAAGAUGAAGAAGAGGAAAAACCAUCAUUGAUUAGAUGGAACUCCGAAUUACUUGUUGCCAAUUCAGAUUCGCCACCACUAACUCCUCGCUGUAAUCGAAACGCUGCACUCGUUGUGAUGCUUUUUUACGGUGAUGUAUCUCCAGAGAUUUCGGUAGAUUAUAAACCGGAUGUAAGUACCUUAAAAAUAGUUGCUGAGAAACAAAUUGAAACCCAUUAUCCACAACUAAAUUCUCGAGUUCGGUUUUUGCCAGUUUCUUGCGGUAAUGAACUGCAUUCGAAAAUUACACAACUGAUCGCUAUAUCUCCGUCAUUUGGUGUCUUUCAUCCAGCCCUUGCGUUAAUCCUCUCAACUACACAAGUAUUCCAUGAGGCUGUACAAAAUACUAUAGCACGUGCAAAUAAAGCGUAUCAAGAUUUUGUUCAGACAGAAUCUAGCAAAGAUUUUCAAGGUGAGGUAUUCCUUGUUGGCGAUCAUCUUGGUGGUCUGUUGUUGUAUGAAGCGUUGAAAAAGUGUCGUUCGCAUCUGAGCGUUUCAAGACAUUCCAGUUCGCUUUCAGCCAGCUCACAUCCGAUUCCGGAAGAUCGGGAAUGCGAGGCUUCUUGGUCUGUGUUUGAAUUUCCACUUCAUGAGCAUCCCGAUCCUUUGUGCUAUAGAAAUCUUUCAGCUCCACCUCUAUCCUCUUUUCCACAAAGACCAUCCUGUGGUUCUGAGAACGAGGUCACGUCAAAUUUCGAUUUCUAUCCGAGUACAGUAUUUUUCCUUGGGUGUCCCUUAGCGCUUGUGCUUGAACAAAAAAGAGUUUCUGGAUUUGAAAUUGAAAAAUUGGACUGUGGACAAAUUUUCAAUCUAUAUUAUGCGUUAGACCCGUGUAGUGCAAGGCUGGAGCCAUUGAUAAAUGGCAGACUGGCUCUUUUACCACCAAUGAACGUCCCACGAUAUCAACGUUUUCCACUUGGUGACGGUCAACACCUACAGUUUGAAAAUGCAACAGAUUUGCAAUUAAUAUGGGGAAAUAAACGCAUCGAUCAUGCAUUGCAUUGUCCGCAUGGUAUGGUAGCCUUACCGUCAACAGCAUUACCAAACGUGCUACACGCGUCCUAUUGGGAAAGUGAAGACGUUGCUGCUUUUAUUUUGAGGCAGUUUAUUCGGUCCGAAGAUAUACCUCAUUUGUCGAACUUAGCUAAUAUGUCUACCAUACCAUCAGAAAUUGAAAUGCCCCCAAUGUCAUGGUUGCGAAAAAGGACAAAGUUUAAGGUGAAAAACUUGGCACCAAAUCAUCGUGGAAACGACGUCAUAUUGGUGGAAGGUAGCGAACAGCAGUUUUCUGCGCGAUUCUGUUACGGACCAAUGGAUCUUGUAACACUUUCUCGAGAAAAUGUUUCAGCUUUUGUGUGUCCCGUUGGUAGCGAUUGGCAGUUAAUAGCAACAGAACUUACUGAUUCUCAUGGACGGGUUACAUUUACGGUAAGUUUAAUCGGAAUUCACGGGAUAAAAAUGAUCGUUCAUGGCGAUCACUCAUUUCUUGAUCUCUUCAUUGCUGUGGUACCAAAAGGCGCUAAACUAGUCGUAUUUAGUGUUGACGGUUCACUAACAGGUUCAGUUUCUGUUACGGGUCGCGAUCCCCGAGUCCGUCCAGGUGCUGUAGAUGUUGUGAGGUUCUGGCAUGACUUGGGUUAUUUAAUCACUUAUGUCACUGCACGCCCAGAUAUGCAGCAAAGAGUUGUCAGUGCUUGGCUUUCUUUACAUAAUUUCCCUCAUGGUCUUCUUAUCUUUACUCCUUCUUUCUCCAGGGAACCCCUAAAACAAAAGAUGCUUCACCUUAAAUAUUUAAUCGGGAUGGGGAUCACCGUCCAAGCAGCUUAUGGCAGCAACAAAGACAUUUCCGUCUAUAAUGGGGCAGGAGUUCGCUCAGACCGAAUACUCUCAGUUUCUAGUAAUAAACGAAAAGGGUGUAAACAUGUUGAUAGUUACUCAACGCAUCUUAUUGAUCUCAAUAAUGGAACUGUUGAAUUCGCUCAACCUGCAGAUUAUAUGCUUGUAUUUCACCACAAUGUUUCCCUCUCGCUAAACAACCAAAGAAAUCUAGUGCAGAGAACACAUUCGUUUACACCUCGAAGUGGGAGAUACGAUGGUAUAAUCAAAGAAAAAAAAUAA